AUGUACGGCGCUUUGAGAAGGCCCACCAUCUUCCAGCAUCGGUUGCUGGUUAGCUUUCAGCUAUCGCCACCUAUUCCAGCCCGGCCGCUAAAAACCACCCAACAAAAUGGACGCAACGAGCAGGGAAAUCGCCGGAAACUUGGAAUUACGGUAGCACUGACCGGUGUGUUUGGAUUGCUUGCCUACAAACAGACUCUGUCCAAUGACGACCAGCAUAAAGCCAGUACCAUCAGCUGGCCACGUUGGCCUACCGUGUGUGCGAAAACGAUUCCACCCACCACACCGAAGCGCAGUCAGCGGAAAGAUUUUAAUUUCAUCGCGGACGCAGUGGAAGUAUCGGCCCCGGCCGUAGUGUACCUGGAGAUACGUGACCGGCAGCAUGUGGAUUUUUUCACCCGCGAACCAAUGACGGUUUCGACCGGUUCCGGGUUUAUCAUCGAAUCGGACGGCCUGAUCCUAACGAAUGCGCAUGUCGUCGUAAGCAAACCGCACACGAUGGUAACGGUCAAGCUAACGGACGGUCGCACAUUCCCCGGCUACGUGGAGCACGUGGAUCCGGCAUCGGAUUUGGCAACGGUGCGCGUACGGUGCAACAACUUGCCAACGCUGAAGCUGGGCCAUUCGUCCGACCUUCGCACGGGUGAGUGGGUAGUGGCGCUCGGGAGUCCACUCGCACUCAACAACACGGUAACGGCGGGCGUUAUAAGCACAACCCAGCGGCCCUCGCAAGAGCUUGGCCUGCGGGGGAAGGACAUCAACUACAUCCAAACGGAUGCGGCCAUUACGUUUGGCAAUUCGGGCGGCCCGCUGGUAAACCUGGACGGUGAAGCGAUCGGCAUUAACAGCAUGAAGGUAACGUCGGGCAUCAGCUUUGCCAUCCCGAUCGACCAUGCGAAGGAGUUUUUGCGCAAAAUCAACGAAGCACCCACGGAACGCCGAUCGUCGGGUGAUGCGCCCAUGUACCGUCGGUACAUCGGUAUUACGAUGCUUACCCUUACGCCGGAAAUUUUGGGCGAACUGCAGCAGCGCAACCAUAAGUUCCCGCCGAUCGUGCGUGGCGGUGUGCUGGUGUGGAAAGUUAUCCAAGGAUCACCAGCGUACAGUGGAGGACUUCAACCAGGCGAUAUCAUAACGCACAUUAACGGGAAGGAGAUUAAAAACUCAAGCGAUGUGUACGAGCUGUUGCUUGAGCAGGACAAAAAGCUUUCAAUAUCGAUCUAUCGCGGCCAACAGCUGACCACGGUGCACGUCUUCCCGGAGGACACAACGGCAUAG